AUUAAAUCGCAAUUGUGUGGUCACUACCGUACCCACAAAUUCAAUUGCCUUUUCGACAAAGCUAUCGAAAAGAACCGUGGACAUGGUCGGUUGAGUAACCAUUUUAUGAAGUUUGGGCAAGGCAUGGACGUCACGAACAAUUAACAUUCGAGUUUUGAUUGUCACCCGGGUGCCUUGCUACGCUGCCUUUCGUCGAGCUUUGCCGACAACUGCAAGUCCGUAGCAGAUUCUACCGUAUCUUGUUAGUACUAAAUCCCAUCUGGGAACUUUGGUCUAACGCUCGCACGGCUUCCCGGUUAAGGCAAUCUUCCUGUUAAGUGACUGGCCCAUAAUUUGCCAAUAUUUGGACACCAAGACCAUCACUUGUCAACAAUAUAACAGCAGUCAUCUUCACCUGCCAACUUAACAGGUCAAACCUCAAAACCUCGUUGAGAAAAUUCGUUUAUAAUUACGGUUACAAGAUUUGCGGUCAACAUGAAUAAAACAAUCAGCAUGGUUUUGAUUGGACUUGUUUCGCUUUUGCCAUCGAUCGUUCCUCAACAAUACGCUGAAUCCUAUGCGCCCGGGGAAACGCAGCGUUACCGCUUGUCAACAUUGGAUAUCCUCCCGGACGACGACUCCGCCAAUGCGAUUGUCAUUGAAAGGGUCCGCGAUAAGGAAGUCACAAAGUCUCCAGAUGUGCUACAACGGCGCAGGUUUCACCAUAAAGAACAAGUUCUCACGGAAACCGCCCAACCUUUAGUUCACCCUGACGAGCCCGAUUUUAUUGUUAAACCCGAAAUGUUUAAACGGCAAAAACGCGACCUUUUGCCAUGGCAGCUAGCCUAUCGCAGUCGCUACCAAGAUUUUUUGAAAAAAUCUCAGGAAGCGGAUCCGGCGACUAGUACGCCCAGCACCACGAAAAAACCGCCGCGUUUACUCAAACAAUCAAAUCGGAGAAAAUUUAUUCGUCAGUUUGUCGGAGACGAAAUGGCUUCGUCGAUGAUGGAUGAGAACAGCGUCACCAACACGAAACCUGCUGUCGACGAUCAAAGCACCGAGGAUCGGCCGUUCGGCUUAGAUGACCCAUCAACUGCCGCCACCACCACAACAACCACUACCACGACUACUUCAACCACCACCAGCAAACAAACUACCGCUGAGCUGACAACAACUGAAGUCACUACUCCUGAGACCGAAACCACCAAGAAGAAGAAAAGGAAGCACAAGAAGAAAACCACCACCACGACCGUCGCCACCACGGAAGAAGACGACACCACCGAAGCGCCGACAACCGUCGAUCCACGAAUUGCUAAGGAAGCCGCGCGCAUGAAAGAGGCUGCCGAUGUGGUCAACGAUAUCAUCGGCGGGAUCAACGAUAAGAAGGAUGCUGACCGCUUUCCAAAUCAGGACAACCUUCCCACGUGGGCCCGCAAGGAACUUGACAUGGAACUUGAUCCGCGAAAAAACCCGCUGCUGAAAGAUUUAAUGGUGGACAAACACAAUGUCCUCCGCUCCAUGGUCAUGCCGGCCGCUGCCAACAUGCUCAAAAUGGAAUGGAACGAAGAAGCCGCCCGCAUUGCACAGCGCUGGGCUAAUGAAUGCAAAUUCGAGCAUGACAAAGGCGAAGUCCGUGUAACGCAACAAUUUAAAUGCGGCCAAAACCUGGCACGUUCAUGGCCUAAACCAAUGAGCUGGAAUCUGACUAUGCAGCUGUGGUUUGACGAAAGGAAAGAUUUUAUCUUCGAUGGUCACCCGCGAGGCAUGGUUGGCCAUUACACGCAGUUGGUUUGGGCGCAAUCUUAUCAGCUGGGCUGCGGAUACAAAGAUUGCGGAACUUUCCACCACUACGUCUGCGACUACUGUCCUGCGGGAAACGUGGAUACAAGAAAAUACAAACCGUACAAAGAUACGCCUAAAGCCUGCGCUGCCUGUCCAAAUGACUGCGAUGAAUCUGGCACGCUGUGCACUAAUACCUGUCCAUAUUACAAUCAAUACGGCAAUUGUGAUGAUUUGGAGAAAGAGUUCAGCAUCUGCACCGACAAAUCGUACGGUCUGGAAGACAAGUGUAAAGCUACAUGCAAAUGCAAGGGCAAAAUUUACUGAUCCUGCCAUCGCCUGAAGUUGUUUUGCCUUUUUGCAUUCUCUUUGUAAUAUUAAUUUUGAUCUUUUUUCCUCAAUUUUUCGGUCUCUCAGUCGUAGAUUUGGAGCGGUUUGAAAAUGUUGGGUAUUUUUUAUUGUUGCCAAGUUUUGUAAUGUGGUGGUGAUACUGGCAUGUUCAAUUGUGCAAUGUACUUAAUUUUCAGCCCUAUAAUUAUGCAUUCGUUUCAUGCUUCAGUAUGCAGUGGUCCACAUGGUUAUGAUUCCAGUUUAAUGGUUACUUUUAAAAUUUUGUUUGUGUA